AUUAGCUGCCAGCAGGUCGCAGCUGAACCAGAGGCAAAACCGGCUCUAGGGAGCAUAGAGAAAUGUGUCCCAGAGAAGAGCCCAGAGAAGGGGCAGGGAAUCUCAGAAACUACUGAGGGGGGUGAGGAUUCCUGUGACUCUGUAACACAGGAAAGCAGGAGAGCUCGCAAGCCCUGGUUAGAGCACUUGGAGGGAGAGAGAGAGAGAAACAUACACACAUCAGACAAGACUAAGAACAUGCUCCGCCUGCUCCUCCUGUGGGGGUCUCUCCUCUUUGGAGUCGUCAGUUCCAGCCCAACCCCAAGGAAGCUUUUUGGGGAGAUCACAUCCCCCAAUUACCCCAACCCAUACCCCAACAACAACAUCAGCACCUGGGACAUUACAGUCCCAAAGGGCUUUGUGGUGGAGUUGGACUUCUGGCAGUUCGACCUGCAGCCAUCUGAGUCCUGCCUCUCUGACUACGUCAAGAUCACAGCAGAUAAGAAAGACCUGGGCCAGUACUGUGGCCAGCUAGGCUCAGCGACAGGCAACCACCCAGGAGUCAGGGAGUUUGUGUCCAAAGGGAACCAGAUGAGGCUGAUGUUCCACUCUGACUUCUCCAAUGAGGAGAACGGCACCCUUAUCCCCUACAAGGGCUUCCUGGCCCAUUACCAAGCUGUGGGAAUCCAGUGCCCACAGCCUGUGCCAAGGGACCAGUUCACCCUCAUCAAAGACUUGCAGCCCCUGUACCGAUUUCAUGACUAUGUCAAUGUCAGCUGCCAGACUGGGUAUGAACUGAUGGAGGGUGACCAGAAGUUGGCAUCCUUCAGCGCUGUCUGCCAGGAUGAUGGGACUUGGCACCGACCCAUGCCCCGGUGUGAAAUUGUGAGCUGUGAUGACCCCAAAGAUCUCACCAACGGGGCCUUCAGUUAUGUUAGCGAACACGGGAACAACAACUACCAGUCAGUGAUCACCUACCGGUGCGAGGAGCCUUAUUACCACAUAGUCACCAACAGCGGGAGCAAUACAUACAACUGCUCCACUCAGGGCUCCUGGGCAGACCAAGAUGGCCAUGAGGACAUCCCAGUGUGUUUACCAGUGAUUUAUCGGUGUUCAGCCAGCGGGAAAUGGGUGAGCGAAGAGAUGGGAACAGAGCUUCCAUCGUGUGUCCCAGUCUGUGGGAUCCCCAGUACACCCAUCCAGGAGCUGCAGAGGAUUUUUGGGGGCACCCGUGCUAAGCCAGGCAACUUCCCCUGGCAGGUCUUAUUCCAAAACCCACGGGGAGGUGGGGUACUUAUUUCGGACCGCUGGGUGCUGACUGCAGCUCAUAUGCUGGAUGAUUCAAAUAGCAAGCCCAUAAUGUAUGCUGGGGUGACCAACAUCAACCAACAGAUCAAGAGGGAGGAGCCCAUACAGCUGUUUGAAGAAGAAGUGUUCAUUCACCCUAACUGGACGAAAGUGGCAAAUCCAGAAGCUCGGACAAAUUUUGAUAAUGACAUUGCACUGCUGAGACUGACGGCGCCUGUGAAGAUGGGUCCCAAGAUCUCACCACUCUGCCUCCCUGGUGGUUCCCCUGAAUAUGAGCUGGAGAAAGGCAGACUGGGCUACAUAUCUGGCUGGGGCCGGACAGAGGACCGAAACAAAGUUUACCAUCUCAUGAAGGCACAGAUCCCUGUGGUGGACAUGGCACAAUGCCGUAGUGUGAAGCCGAAGCCACCUGCUGAUUCCACCACUUUCCAAUUCACUGACAACAUGGUCUGUGCUGGAGAUGGCACAAAGGACAGCUGUUCUGGGGACGGUGGCGGAGCCUAUGCCAUCAAUGACCCCCACAAUGACAGACAGUACUAUGUGGGUGGCCUGGUCUCCUGGGGACCACGGUGUGGCACAUAUGGCCUUUACACCAGAGUGGGGCGCUACCGGGACUGGAUCAUGGAGACCAUGAGCCGAUAUGAGGAGGCAGAGGAAUCACACCAAUAGAUCCUUCUCACCCUAGGGCACUGCCAUCUCACCAGGUGUUGAGGUCACAUGUCCCAGCAGAUUGGCUGCCCUUUGAUCCCAUCUACUCUUUGUGCAACAGACCAACUGCAUUGUGGCUGUGCCGGAGUAGGGAGUCAGAAACAAUGGGUUAUCUAUUCCAUUGUAACUACAUCAGGGAGGGGCGUCUCUCUUCCUUCCUCCACUGGAAUUGCCAGGGCAGAAGCAGAGAGCAGGCUGGGUAAAGAGGCCCCCUUUUACCUUUACUCAUCACAUUCUUUGCUCAAAUUCCUUGGUUUUUAGAGAGAAGCUAGCCAGGCUGCAUCCACAUGAUCGCUCUGAGGCUGAAACUCACCAGUGGGGACAAUAGAGGGUAAUUGCUGGUCCACAAGGACUAGGUUCAGAGCCUGGCCACCAAUAGAUGAGGGGCUGCUCCUUCUCCUCACUGGGACAAUAGAGGCUCAUUGACUUCCGACUCACAUAUUCUCUGUAUCACUCACAAUAUCUAACUGCAUAAAGGAUCACCAAAUCACCUC